UUACAACUCUCUUUCUCUCUUCUCUCAAUCUGUGAUAUCAAAAUGAGCAUCUAAAGAUCCAAAAUUUUCUAACUCUAGAAAGAGAAAAAGGAAGAAGCUUUAGAAGAAAAGGAAGCAACCAUUCCAAGAAAUGAGAAUCCCAUCUCCAUACAUCAAUAAUGAAUUAAACUUCUCUCACUUCAAGAAGCUUCUCCCAUUUUCCCUCUAUGCCCUCUUCCCUUUAUCUCUCUUUUGCAUUUUCCUAUAUCCAAUCACUCUCACUCAACCCCUCUUCAUUGACCGCCAUUCUCCUCUUUCACCAAAAGAUAAAUGCGACUAUGGAAAUGGAAAAUGGGUUUCUGACAAGAUGGGUCCUUUAUACAAUGACACUAGCUGUGAAACAAUUAAAGAUGGCCAAAACUGUAUAAACAAUGGAAGACCCGAUACCAAUUAUCUCUACUGGCGAUGGAGGCCCCAUCAAAAUCAAUGCAAGAUCUCGAGAUUCAAUCCUAUGCAUUUUCUGUCACUAACUAAAAACAAACAUUUGGCCUUCAUCGGAGACUCCAUGGCCAGGAAUCAACUUGAGUCUCUCCUUUGCAUGAUCUCUUCUUUCUCUCAACCUAUCCUUGUUUACACAAGUGGGUAUGACAACAAGUUCAGGCGUUGGAAUUUCCCGUCUUAUAAUCUUACCAUAUCGAUCUAUUGGUCUCCGUUUCUUGUGAAGGGGAUUGAGAAAUCUGAUCAAUCGAUCAAUUAUAAUCGUUUGUACUUGGAAUCCGUUGAUGAGACAUGGGCGUCGAAUAUUGAUUAUUUCGACAUGGUUGUGUUGUCGGUCGGUCACUGGUUUCUUCACCCUGCGGUGUAUUACUACAAUGGCGCAGUCAUUGGUUGUCAUUCCUGUGGUGUUAAGAACAUAACAGAGGUUGGAUUCUACAAAGUGUUUGGAAAAGCAAUAAAGACAUCUCUUGAGACAAUAAUCAAGAGAAGAGGACAUCAAAGAAGCGAAGGAUAUUUUCAUGCUAUAGUGACUACGUUUUCUCCUCAUCAUUUUGAAGGGGAGUGGGAUAAAUUUGGUGCAUGUCCUAAAACAAGGCCGUUGGACGAGGGAGAAAAGGAUUUGGAAGGGAUGAAUAUGAAAAUGAGAAAAGUGGCAAUGAAUGAGAUAGAUUUGGCUAGGGUGAAGGCGAAGGAGUCGUCUAGGAAAAUAAGGUUGGAAGGUUUGGACGUGACGAAGUUGGCACUAUUGAGGGCGGAUGGUCAUCCGGGACCAUAUAUGUAUGCGAAUCCAUUUGGAAAUGGUAUAAAAGAGAGAGUUCAGAAUGAUUGUGUCCAUUGGUGUAUGCCGGGAGCCAUUGAUACAUGGAACGAAAUACUUCUCGAGAUGAUGAAGAGUUGGCAUCGUGAUGAUAAGAUGGCAUUGUGAUUAGUCAAAUUGUUAUUGUCUUCAAGCUUAAUUUAUUUUAAGUGAAUGAUGAACUAUAAUAUGGGUAUCAUGUCUCAAAUAUCUUGUUUUACUAUGUAAUUGUUAAUCUAUAUAAUAUUAUAUUAUAA